CCUUGGGCUGUAGUAGUGAUGAAACGCCUUAUCACUACUAGCUUUUGAGCCGCCCGCAAAUACUCAUUCAGCUCUUGGUGCUGCGGGUGGAGACAGAGAGAAACGGGUGACAGCGACCAGCAAUGUCAGGCAGGUAAAAGCGUGAUUGAAGCUGCUGAGAUGAGCGACAGAGCCGUGAUGAGAGGGCCCGUAACCCGCGGAAGGAGGACGACCAUCACCGGCGGCGGGGCUGCCAACGCGAAACAAGCCAACGGGAGCAAGUGUCACGAUGCCGGGGAGAAACCCCUAGCGAUAAAUUCUGCUAAAGCCAAAACAGAGGUGUCCAAGCAUGCAAGUAACAUCGGGAAGGUGGACAGACAGACGGGGAUGCCAGGGCAGCAGCAGCAGCUCACAAACUGUCAGAAGAAACAGAGCAGUGCGGUGGAAGAUAUCCACGAGAGACUCAGCUGCCACACCCUCCAGGAGUCUCUCUUGAGCUCAGCCAGUGGCUACAGCAACUACAGAGGAAUCCUCAACUGGUGUGUCGUCAUGCUGGUGCUGAGUAAUGCACGCCUCUUCUUGGAGAACAUUAUCAAGUAUGGUAUCUUGGUGGAUCCUAUCCAAGUAGUGUCUCUCUUCUUGAAGGACCCCUAUAGUUGGCCAGCAGCUUGCCUCAUCAUUGUGUCUAAUGUGUUCAUCUUAGCAGCCUUGUACACAGAGAGACGUCUGGCUGUGGGUACCAUUUCCGAAAUGACAGGACGGAUUCUUCACAUUUUUAACCUGAUGUUCAUAUUGAUCUUCCCUUCAGCAACUGUACUCACAUUGACCUCCAUGACCCCAGUGGGUGGUGUGCUCUCCCUAGGAGUCUACACAGUGCUGUUUCUCAAGCUGUACUCCUACCAAGACGCCAACAGGUGGUGUAGAGAAAUCAGACAAGCGAAAGCCAAGAGACUAACACGAUCAUACUCAUGUCCGUCUAUGGCACAAUCCAACGGUUCAGCAGUUCAUGCUCGCGUCUCCUACCCAGGCAACCUCACCCACAGAGACAUGUACUACUUUGUCUGUGCCCCGACUCUCUGCUACCAGCUCAACUUCCCGCGGUCACCUCGAAUACGCAAACGGUUCCUGAUCAGAAGACUUCUUGAAAUGCUUUUCUUCACGCAGCUGUUGGUUGGACUGAUACAGCAGUGGAUGGUUCCCACUAUUCAGAACUCGAUGAAACCAUUCCAGGAUAUGGACUUUUCGAGAAUGGUGGAGCGCCUCCUAAAGUUAGCUGUCCCUAACCAUCUGAUAUGGUUAAUAUUCUUCUAUUGGUUUUUCCACUCUUCUAUGAACUUUGUGGCAGAGCUGAUGCAGUUUGGAGACAGAGAGUUCUACAAAGACUGGUGGAACUCUGAGACCGUCACAUAUUUCUGGGCCAACUGGAAUAUCCCAGUUCACAAAUGGUGCCUAAGACACUUCUAUAAGCCCAUGCUGAGGAAGGGGGUCAACAAGUUUAUGGCUCAGACUGCCGUCUUCCUGCUGUCUGCCUUCUUCCACGAGUACCUAGUGAGUGUUCCUCUGAAGAUGUUUAGACUGUGGGCCUUUAUGGGAAUGAUGGCUCAGGUUCCCCUGGCUUGGUUUGUGGGUCGUUUCCUGAAUGGAAACUAUGGCAACGCCGCUGUGUGGAUCUCACUCAUCAUUGGCCAGCCUGUCGCUGUGUUGAUGUACGUCCAUGACUACUAUGUCAUUCAUUAUGGGAGCACUACAUAAAACUGGACACACAUAAUCCCACAGACACACACACACCCACACACACCAGCCUGCAGGACAGCUCAGUGAGUGAAUCCAGAGCAAGUUGAAGUGACUGUAAGAGAAAACCCUGCUAAUAUGAGCGAGUCAGUAAACCACAACGACAGCAGGAAAAUUGUUUUUGACUUCUUGAUUUUUGCACUAAAGAGAAAUGAACCAUAGUAUGAUUCUAACAACAUGAGGACUGUUUGGUUUGAAGCAAUAUUCCACUUUAGUAGGACAAACAUACCAUUGUAGUCAGCAAACACUGGGAUCCGCAGUCACCACCUGCUCUAAAUCUCUGUAUCUAGCAUUGGAUGUUCCGGCCAAAUGAUCCUGGACCCAAAGUCAAACAGCACUUAGAUCUCUGUUAUUGGAAUUGAUCCCUCACUGUUAGAUCUGUUAGAAGUAUGAUUUCCUCUUCAGAGUUUGCUAAAACAAAAGUAAUUGUGCGUGUGUGGUGCUAAGGUUUCCUAAAGUGGCCAAUAUUGGUGGUUGACGAUUCAUGAGCUCAAAGGUUAUGCGCGCUAGGGUGAAACUCUUCUGCGUGACUUUUGACAACAGUUUUUACAUUUAAAAACAUGUCAUUGCAUCCACAAGUGGAAACACUGAUUUUUAGCCAAGCACUCCUUGAGCACACAUUGUCUUCUGCAACUGAAUGUGAACCACUGCCAAGCGAGCACGGGAUCCUGAAGAGAGGAGAAGAUAUGAAAAUGUUGUUUCUAUAUCUGUGGAUUAGAAGUCACUGUUUUUCUUGUAUCUAAAAGCAACUGAGAAAUUAUGAAGCCUGCUAAACAGUUCCUACAAGUUAAGGCUUAAGCCAAUUUAGGGUGUCUCCAGAUCUUCAAACUGACCACAGUAACAGUUUUGUACAUGUGCUCUGUAUAUAAGUCCCUCUCUUUCUGAUGCAAUGCAGUUGUUGAGUAUUACAGAAAUGUAUAAUAAAAUGAUUUAUUAAACAAAAAGGUCAGUGGCUGUAAACUGUAGAAAGACGAGGAGGGAAGGAGCUAUAAAGGGAAGGAGGAAAAAGUAAAAGGAUGUUUUUGACCUUAUUUGUACAGUCCUCCAGGCAGCCUCUCCUCUUCUGUUUCUCUACUACAAACAUCAAUGCAAGCUCUUGGUGUAACAGUGUGUUGUUUGCCUUGGCUUUGUAUCUUGUGUUGCAUUUGACUUCAUCACAUGGGUUUAUUUUAUACAUAUGUAUAAUUUUGUGUUGGUAUGACAGUAUGCAGUCAAGUAUUGCCAUCUUCAAAUUAUAAUUUGUUGUAUUUUAUUUGAAAUCAAUGAUUUAAUGCACGAGUUGAUUUACUGAUUUGAACCAAUGAUUGUUUUUUUGCACUUUAAAGAGAUAUAUGCUGUUGACUAAAGCAAUAGAUUUCUAUGAAUGUAUUUAAGUUAUAUCAAUUGUGUAAGGAAAAUACAUUUGUCAAAAGUAUUUGUAUGUCUUACAAUUUGCUUGUUGACAUGUAUGUUAUGGUAUUAUUAUUGUUUCAAAGUAAAACAGCAGCUGCAGUAGAAAUAAGAGUUUCAAUGACAGGAUUUUUUUUUCUUUAAUUUUUUUUUUAAACUGCUUUCCAAAUACAUAAUGACAGUUGACUGGACAUGUUAAAUCAAAGCCUUAUGUGCUUCUUUUUUUUUCCCUUUUGUGAGAUUUACCCUCAUUCCUUAUUAAUCACAUUUCAGGGAAAACCAGUUAUCCAAAAAAUAAAGUGUGUUGUCAUUCCUUAUUAAAAUGUAUAAGUGCCUGCUGUAAAAAUAAAACAAAACUUAUAUACCAGUAGUUUUACAUAGCAAAGACAGGCAAAAUACUUCUAAAGACCAUUCUUUAAUCUUUUUGUCUAUGUAGCCAACAGAUUCACAAUGCAUUUAUAUUUACUCAUGCCCUUAAUUAAAAUUCCUGUCCAAAUGCAACCUAACCCUUAAAAGUGUGACACCUUUUUCAAAUGUUAAUUUUGAAAGAAGUAAUUUUUAUGUUUGCUUUUGGAGAACCUUAUGUAAGAGUCAUGCAUAAAUCUUAUGUUAUUAUCUUAUGGUACUUCAGCAUACAAAUGGUAGCUUAAAUAUCAAUUCGUGUGACAAAUCAUUGUUUUUCUCAUUUGACUGCUGUGAAAAAUUAAUUUGCGCAAUUGAAUUGUUUACAUUUCAUUCGACUUUGUUUUGCUUUUGUGAAAUUUCUUGGAAAUGGAAAAUAAUGAAGGGGGUGCUGACCUCGGAGUUUAACAUAAGUGUCAGCACCAAGUGUUAUUCACCUGAAGUCCACAACUUCCUGUGUCCAUGCUAUUACUGCACCGAUCCUGCUCUUGGAAUAGGAGUUGAAGAUGCUUUAAGUUGAACUGUCUUUUAAGGGUUAAUUUUGUUUGCGGAUGAUUGUGUGAUCCAACAUGUAGUAAAAUGAAUGUAUUGCUGAGCUGUUCAUACUGUACACAGAAAUCCAAAGUGAAACAAAGAUUAUAUGUUUUGGGAAUGCAAAUAAUUUUCAUAGCCUUUCACUUGAAAUUAUGUGUUUGAUAAAGAAUAUUUAUAUAUGA